GUAUGCGGAAGCGUUGUAGCUGUCAUCUUGCUGCAGGUUAGCAUCGCGCACGGGAACGUCAAGAAUUUUGUGAGCCUUCAUUUCCGACGCCUAACAGACACACAUCCGUGGCCAUGUCUCAGCGGGACCUGAAGGAAGCAUUUGUCAGUAAUCUCAGUGGGACCAGUCUGCAGGAGGUGGCCCUGGGCUCCUUUCUCACUCCACUGUGCCUCAUCAGCAGAGGACUGAUUUUGACCCUGUAUCAUCGGGCCAGGGGGACUCUUCCGCUGCCACUCCCACUGAUUUCACACCUGCUUCUAGACUUCUGUGUGCUUAUCCUUCCCCUCGUCCUGUCAUGCACCGUUCUGAGCGACGCUCUUCGCCAGGUCAUCCUGAGCCUGGGCUUCGUUUCGACUUGUGUGUUUUGCUAUAUCUAUCGUGUUAGCAGCCAUCGCUCUGCUCGGCACCCACAGAACCCGGUUGGCACCUUCCUUCAGAGUCACGUUCAAUUCGACCAGCUUCCCUUUGUGACAAUCUUCCGAGUGUUCGUGAACGUGAAAACAGCCAUCAGCAUCCUCGCCGUAGACUUUAGUAUCUUCCCAAGGCGAUAUGCUAAAACUGAAACCUAUGGGACAGGGGUUAUGGACUUUGGCGUUGGAGCGUACGUCUUUGCAAAUGCCCUUGUCUGUCCAGAGGCACGAGGGAAGAACAUCUCUGGAUCCAAGAUGAAUCACAUUGCAAAGCAGGUCCUAUCUGUCUGGCCCCUGGUUGUUCUUGGUGUGGGAAGGCUGGUGAGCCUCAAAAUGUCUGGCUACCACGAGCAUGUGACAGAAUAUGGCGUCCAUUGGAAUUUUUUCUUCACACUGGCCAUCGUCAGAGUUGUGGCAUCUGUGCUAUUGGCCAUUUUACCAGUCAGUCGGUCAUGGGUUAUUGCCCUUCUGAUCAGCGGAUUUUAUCAGUUCACUCUGGAGACAUCGGGGCUGAAGGAUUUCCUUAUCCACAACAAUGACAGAGAAAAGGGAUUUCUGCAUGCUAACAAGGAGGGUGUAUUCUCUGCAGUGGGCUAUGUAGCCAUCUACCUGGCAGGAGUUCAGGUUGGACUCUAUGUGAUGCAACCAAGAUCCCUUGUUAGGCAGUGGCUCAAAACACUUGUUAACCUCUUGUUGGGAAGUUGUGUCCUGUACACUGCUUUGUACACAUGUCAGACACUCGUGGAGCCGGUGUCUCGGCGCUUAGCUAAUUUAUCUUUCUGCCUCUGGAGUGUUGCUCAGUCUUUAUUUUUUAUGUCCUGUCUUGGCAUGGCUGAUAUGGCUUUACUGUUUUCCAAAAGAACAUCAGGCUGUCACUUUAUACCCUCAUCGUGGAAUCUGCAUAAGAAACAAGCAGACUCGGUCUCUGACAAAAAGACAGGUGAGAUAGAAAGACACUGUAUUGUUCAAGCUGUCAGCAGGAAUCAGUUGUUAUUUUUCCUGCUUGCAAAUUUGAUGACGGGAUUGACAAACUCAAUAGUGGACACACUUGUUUGCAGCAGCUCGUUUUCUCUGUGUGUUUUGCUUUCGUAUAUGUUCGUGAAUUGCUUUGUAAUAUUUGUUUUACAUCAUUGGGGAAUUACAGUGAAAUUCUGGUAAAAUUGCAUUCAUAAAACUACAAGGUUCAUUUGGGUAUUUUGAAGAUUUUUGUGGGCUAGAGGGACAUUCUGUAAAGCUGAAGAUACUAUUGUAAAUAUUAUGUUUAUUUAUGUAAAUAAAUGUAUGUCUUGAUGAAAUGGUGUCUCAAAAUAAGU